GAGCGGGUGUCUGUGUCCGAAGCCCAAGCCACGCUAGUUUUGAGUUCUAAUAUAGCUUCCCACAAGAUUAAUUUCCACCCAUAAUCAUGGUUUAUAUACAUUUUCCGGUAAAUUUGACAGAAGAGGAGAAAAUGUUGCAGAUGAAAUAUCUCAAAUUAAAACGAAAGAAAAAGGCUCUGCAAGACUUGAAAGCACCAAAAACUGAGCCAGAAAGACAACCACAAGCACCUAAAAGGCCUAUUGAGGCUAGAGAUGCUAGAGAAGUUGCAAAAAAAUUAAUAAAAUCAGGAGUGAUCACAGCUCCAAAAACAGCCAAACGUCCAGAACAAACAUUUAAAAGGCCUAGAGGUUUAGAGCGUAAGCUCAAUAGUGCAGAAAAGACUAGCUGUUCUUAUCAGCCAUUCUCAGCUACUCAACCAGAAGAAGAAGCAGAACAACCUCCUAGACAAAAAAUGAAGGGAUUAUAUGAUAGCUUUGUAUCAGCUUCUGACACAGAUGAUAAACAAUCUUCAGAAAAAUCACAGCCCUCGAAACAAGAAAUAAAACCUGCCAAAGGAAACACGAUAUUUGUCAGUGGGUAUAAGAUUAGCGAGGAUUUACUUAAAAAACAUUUUUCUGCGUUUGGUAACAUACUUAAAAUUACAAUGGAAGCUGAAAAAAAAGGAUUUAUAACAUUUGAAAAGCCAGAGUCAGCUGAGCGGGCAAUCAGUGAAAUGGAUGGUAUCAUGGCAUCUUCAAUACAAUUGAAAGUGUCAAUGGCAAGAAGGCAACCGGUUAUAGAUCCUGUGAAUGAUACAACUUCAAGUUCUAUGUGGUCUAACUUAGCUGCAAGUUAUACACAAAAAUCUGCACACAAGGAUAAAAGAAAUUUACAAGUUUACGAAGAUGAUCUUUUUAGUUAGAUUUCUUCUUAUUCUUAUAUUUAUGACUGUAAAUAGAGUAUUUGCUAACUUAUAAGAUAUUCAACACUGAUUAGUAAGAAGAUGAAUUAAAUUACUUUGAAGCUUAUGAAAAUGAAUCAUUGUAUAAAAACACUGUUACACUGUGACAAAAAUGUAUUUGUGCAAAUUUAUAAUUUUAUAAUUGAGGACGUUAUUUGCAACUAUUAUAUCAUGUAUGCAUGAAUAGUAUGAAUGAACACUUUUUGUUAAAUGACGAAAAUUACUUAAAAUGAUUGUAAACUAUAAUAAGUUAAGAAAAAAAUUAUAUCAUAGCGAUUCAAUGUAUGAAAGUAAUGCGUGAAAGAUAAAAAAUUAUUUGAUUCAUAAUCUGAAAUUAAAGAAAUUAACGGACUUAAAACUUGAAAGCAUGAGGAUAUAUUAGGUAAAAUGAAAAUUAGAAAUAUUAUGUAUUGAUUAGAAAGUUAGUAAACUUUUAUUCUAUCUGUAAAAAAUGUAAAUUUCCAAUAAAAUAGUAGUAAAAAUAUGUUUACAAUGCUCUUUCUUUUUACAACUUAGACAAUCCAAGUUAGUAUUUUCAUUUCUACUAUCUAAAGGUACACAUAAUGGA